CUACAUUUUUAAAAUGCUGUUUACAAUUUUAGUUUUUUGGUAAAUGUGAAUUUUUUGUUAUUUUAAGAUAAUAGUUAACUAUUUUCAAUGGAGACUACAAAACCAAGCAAAAAACCGAAUCGAAGAUUUAGGAAUGGUUCAAGAUUCAAUAAGAAUAAGAAGAAUGAUCAACCACGAGAUGGCUUGGUUAAAAACACCAGUUUCCAGGGAUUGACUCGAACAGUUGGUAUGGAUUGUGAAAUGGUUGGUGUUGGUGACAAAGGUACUCAAUCAAUUCUUGCUAGAGUAUCACUGGUUAAUCAAUUUGGACACUGUUUAUAUGAUAAAUAUGUUAAACCAACAGAGCCCGUUACUGAUUAUCGUACUUCAGUUAGUGGUAUAAGACCUGAGGAUAUUGAGAAUGGUGAAGAUUUCAAGAAAGUACAAUACGACGUUAAUGAUAUAAUUAAAGGAAGGAUACUGGUUGGUCAUGCUUUAAAGAACGAUCUUAAAGUACUUUUCUUAGAUCAUCCACGAAGUCGAAUCAGAGAUACAAGCGUUUAUUUUAAGAAAAUGCUCAAAGGAGGAGGAAAACCGUCAUUGAAACGUUUAACUUCUCAGCUUUUAGGUGUUGAUAUUCAACAUGGUGAACACGAUUCCGUUCAAGAUGCUAGAGCGGCUAUGAGAUUGUAUACAAUGUACAAAAAGAAAUGGGAAAGUGAAAUCAAGUCUCGACAUAAACCUCAAAAGUCUAAAAGCAAAAAGAAAGAAUAAUCUACCAUUCCUCUGAACCACUAAUGAUGAAGUGUUAAAAGUUUAUUGUACAUGUUUAUUGUACAGAAAAAUUACAAAUUUAUCUUUUAUGUCUCAUGGUUACGCAAAUUUUCUUCAAGUUAUCAUGGUUAUGUGAUUCCCGUACUUGAUGUGAUCUGAAUUGUGCAGUCAGUUGAUCAGUGGCGAUUCAAAUAACUCGCUUAUCCAUAAUUUGGAUUUUUCGACCAUCAAAUCAUAGGCUCGCAUCAAUGAGAUCUAGUCAUCAAGUAAAUAUAAUAAAAAAUAUUUGGCCUUGUUCACUAACCAAUGUUGAUGAUGCUAGUUUCAAUGAGAAUCAAAAAGACAAUGAUUUAACAUUACAAAACAUGUAAAAUCAGAAAAUCUGGGUUGCAACAACCAGAAUGAUGUGAUGUGAUAAUAAAAGUAGGAAUAUAAGAUAAUUGAA